AUGGCACGCACGAAAUACAUUGUGACAUACAAUGCACUAAAAUCAUUCUUCCAGCGCCAUGAGACCGAAGUGGCUGAAAUAGAAGUACUGCCACCUGCUUUGUCAACCGACGGCAUGUUGGAGGAUGGCUUGUGCCUUGGCAUUCCAAAACAGGACCUCGUAGUUGCAUUUCUGCAUGCGCAGACGUUGUUUUUCAGCCGGAAUACUGAAGCUGAAGUUUGCUACCCUGUAAGUUUCCUCGACGCAACGAAAAUCAUACUACUCUCCGAUCCGGAGCAUUUGACAGCUGCCAAUUAUCGGAAGCGUCACCUGCUCCAACUGAGGGACCAGUCCGCAAACGAUACGGCAAUAGAAAUGCAACGAGCCUUGCUAGCUGAAUUGUGUUUCCUGGACAGCAUUGUCACUUCUCCUUUACAUCGGCAAUCCAAAUCUCCGACUUUGUGGCACCAUCGUUGCUGGUUGCUCCGAACGUUCUAUCCCAUGAUGUUACGCAGUAGAAAUUUGGAUCAUCAAGAGAAUACUCAAAGCUUUGUCAUGGCAGAGCUCGCUGUCAUUUCCAAGUCUGGGGAGCGACACCCGAAAAACUACUACGCCUGGCAAUAUGGUCGGCGUUUGUUUGAGGCGGCAGAUAUAUACAACAGUUUGUCUGCCAAAUCAGACUUUCAAGAAUUGCUACGAGUGAGCAUAAAGACCGUCCACGGCUGGUGCUUGCGUAAUCCAAGUGAUAUAUCAGGCUGGUCUUAUAUUCUCUAUCUCCUACGACGCCUAGAGCCAGGCCAAGAUGUUACUGAAGUGAUUGUUGACAAAACACUUCAACUAGCUUAUGAUUUCCGUUGGCAUCACGAAUCGCUCUGGGUUUUCCUACGAACUGCAAUUGCGGAAGGUUGUCUACUUUCUGAGGAGAAAAGAAAAAUCUAUUUGCAAAGAUUGGAGAAAGACUUUACACAAGACACAACCAUUACGCCGAAAGAUCCUACCAGUCAACCCGAAACCGUAACACCACAAACUCCCGUCAUUGCCUUGGAAUGGAUCCGAUCAAACAUGUCGACAUUGGCCACUUAA